AUGAAGCUACUGGAAAAGCAAAUUUUUCCCGACAAAUCGGGAACGGGGAAGAUCUUUCUAGAACAACCAGACGACCUCUGGCUUGUGUACAAUCUCAUCGCUGUUGGAGAUGUGAUCACCUCCCAGACAUCCCGGAAAAUAAAUAGUAAAAACCAAUCCAGAGUCCAUAUUAAUCUUGAAAUCAAGGUCACGGCCAUCAACUACAGCAAAGGCUCGUCGGUCCUUCUUGUCCGCGGAAAGAACCGGGUUGUGAACGAACACGUACAUGCCGGCUCGUUUCAUACAUUGGAACUGGAAAAAAAUAAGGAAUUUACUUUAGAGAAGAAAGUCUGGGACACAAAAGCGAUGGAAACAAUGGAAGAUGGUCAUGAUGGUGUCGUUGGCUAUGAUUUAGGGGUGGUUUUGAUGGAAGAAGGGUUGGCUCAUGUGUUCUUACUUGGGAAUAACAGUGUGUCAAAGCAUUGUGCAAAGAUUGAAGAACGUCUGGACCCAAAAACUGGGUUAAACAAGUUUUUUGAAAGCGUUUUACAUGCUUUCAUGAAGCAUAUCGAUUGGAAUAUGGUACGUUGCGUAGUAAUAGGAAGCCCCGGUAAGAUAAAAGCCGAGUUUCGCCAAUACAUUCUCUCUGAAGCACAGAGAUCAUCCAAGUUGAAGUCGAUAGAGAACAAAAAGUCAUGUAUACUUUUGGCGAAUACAAAUUCAGGAAAGGAAAACUGUUUGAAUGAGGUUUUGCAUAAUAUAACAGUCACAAAUUUUAUCAGAGACAUAAAGGCUACAGUGGAGAUUAAGGCAAUGAAGGAGUUCAUUGACCUGUUAUCGAGCAACUCAGGUCGGGCAUGCUAUGGUUUAAAGAGCGUUGAGGCUGCACAAGAGUUGAGUGCCAUCAAAACCCUAAUGAUCACAGAUGAACUUUUUAAGAAUGCAGAGAUUGCUAUGAAGAAGAAGUAUACCGCAUUGAUUAAAUCAGUGAAGGAAGCUGGAGGGAAGGCGCUGGUGCUUUCGUCAAUGCAUGUGUCAGGUGAGGAGCUUGCAAAGUUGACUGGUAUUCUUCAGGAAUUUGACUUAGAGAUCCGCGACAAGAAAGGAUCUGAGAAUGUUGUGGCGGAUCACCUCUCCCAAAUCCUCGUUGAGUAUAAUAGUGACCCUCUUAUUUUGUAUGAUUCGUUUCCGAACGAACAACUUUUUGAGCUGUCACAAGCGAGCCCCCCGUGA